GGAAGAGAAAGUCCCUUCCCUUCCAUUUGAAAGUCCACUUGGGUCCGUCGGUCCUCCUCAUGUCCUCGUCCCCACCAUUUCACUUCCCAUCCUAACCUCUUUCUGAUCCGAACUUGUUUCUUGCUGCAGCCGUAGCGAUUAGAGGAGAUUUUCCGAGUCAUUCUUAGCUGAUUUGAUUCCACAGGUUCUUCGCGAUACUCUUAUCAGAUGUAAGCGGCGCGGCUGAAAGGACGACUUUACCCUAAUUCUGUAGUCUUGCUAAUAGUAAUCAUUCUUCGAUGAUUCUGACAAGCCGCAAGACUGCCGCUUCACUCGCCGCCGUAGCUGGGGAGGAUAGCCUAGGCCGUAGUAGCAAUGCUGGCCAGUGCGACGCGCUCGAUAGGGCUCUCUGGGAUGUCACGCCCGCCGUAUGGCUGUCGGAAGACGGCGUACUUAUUGACUCAAGUCCCGCGGCGUGUCGGUCGCUGGGCUUCGAUUCCUCGGAAUCGCCGGCAGCGGCGUUGUUUCGCCGACCGUUCCUCGAGCUAAUCCAUGAAGACGAUCGCGCGGAGUUCCAGAGCUGCCUGACGCAGUGUGUUGCGGCGGAGAGCGCGACGGUGGAAGCUCGGUUCCGAAGAAGCGAAGGUGAUAACAACAGCAGCAGCGGUUUCCGAUGGUUCGAGGCCCGCGUGACUCGCGUCGGGUUACCCGUCGCCAAGGACGGUCGCUCGCUCCUCUGCACCCUCCACGACAUCUCCAAAUGGAAAAGCGAGCAGGAGCUGCUCGGCUCGGCCCUGCAAAACUGCUUCGCAGCUGCUCGCAUGGGUGACGAGCCCGUGAAUAUCCCCUAUAUAGAGAAGGGUCUGGAUUCAUUAUUGGAAGGACUGAAAGCUCUAGAGAAGAAAGUUCAAGAAGGAAUGGCCAAUGAGCAAUACAAGAAGAUCUUCGAGAUGUCCAUGGAUCCGAUUUUCAUAAUGGGAUUCGACGAGAAGAAGCUCAUUGAGGAGUGCAACGAGGCGGCAGUGCAGAUGCUCGGGUACCAAUCAAAAGCCGCCAUCUGUCACAUGCUGAGCGUGCCGAUGUUCACGCCUGUGAUGCAGCCGGACGGGGAGAGCGUGAUGGCGAAGAUGGGGCGCAUGACAGAGCGCAUGAUGCGGGGCGAAUGCGCGAUUGAGGAGUGCUGGCACUACAGCGCGGAUGGCACUCUCUUCCCCGUGCUGGUUAAAGUUCAGCUGAUGCACGUGAAUGGGGAGACCAAGGUGGUGUCGGUGUGGCACGACUUGAGAGACAUCAAGAGGCACGAGGAGGAGCUCAGGAAAGCCAAGGAGGCGGCAGAAGCAGCCAGCCAGGCCAAGAGCCAGUUCUUGGCAAACAUCAGCCAUGAGAUCCGCACCCCCAUGAACGGUGUGCUGGGAGUGGCCGAGUUGCUGCUCCAAACGCCUUUGAGCGUGGAGCAGCAGCAGUACUGUGAGGUGAUCCGCACGUCGGGGGACAGCCUGCUGCGGAUCAUCUCAGACGUACUCGAUAUAAGCAAGAUCGAGGCGCACUCGCUGGCUCUCGAGGCCAUCCCCUUCCACCUGGGGCGGACUGUUGCAGACUCCAUCGCUGCUGUGGGGGUGCUGGCAAGACAGAAGGGGCUCAAGCUGGACGUGCACAUUGCUGACUCGAUGCCUCAGUGCAUCGUGGGGGACCCCAGUCGCCUGCGCCAGGUGCUCCUCAACCUGCUCUCCAACGCCAUUAAAUUCACCCACCAGGGUUUCGUGAGGCUUCACGUCUCCACAGAGCGUGUUGCUACGAAGCUCCAAAUGACAGGGCAGGAAGACACAAUAGCAGCAGCAGCAGCAGCAGCAGCAGCAGCAGCAGCAGCAGCAGCGGCGACAGCGUUUGAGCAGCAUCAACCAGUGGAACACCCUUGGUUACAGUCCCACGGGGCAGCACAAAGGGUUAGGUUCCAAGGUCGUACUGGUGGCAGUGUAGAGAAACCACUGGGGCUAAGCCCUGAGGAGCGCAUCAGGCUGACUGGCUCUCAAGCGGCUCCUGCUGUUGCUGCUUCUGGAGGAGAGCAACCUCUAGGGGUCCGCUGUGAGGACAGUAUCAGGCUGACAGGCUCUCAAGCAGCCCCUGCUGCUGCGGCUGCUGCUGCUGCUGCUGCUGGAAACGAGCCAUCUGAAUCGCCCGAAGCAAAGUAUGGGGAUAGAUGGGAGGGGCGCCAGGCCAGGGGGCGGGGAGAGGUGGAAGAGGCAGUGGUGCGAGGGAGCGGCAAGCGCAAGAGAGACAGCUGCUGUGGGGAAGAAGAUUGCAAUGGGAGUGCAGGCGCAGAAAGAGCAGCAGGAGCAGAAAGAGCAGCAGGAGCAGCAGUGAGGGUCGGUGGAGAGGGUGAUUGCGCCCUGUUGAAGCACAGACGAAUAGGCUUUGGGGGAGGCAUUCCAGGAGGGACUUGCAGAGAGCACCCCGAAAGGAUGAGACAUCUGCAGGAUACUAGGCAAUCAGAGAUAGCAAGAGAGACAGGUGGGGAGGCCGUGUGCCGGCCAAGGGACGGAUUAUUGCAACCAGGACCAACAGAAGCAGCAGCAGCAGCAGCAACGAGAGCAGCGUCAGAAGCGCCUGCAGACUCUGACAUGCAAGUGAUGGUGCACUUUGAGGUGGCCGAUACUGGCAUCGGCAUACCAUCAGAUUUGCUCCCCCGUCUCUUCCAGCCGUUCAUGCAGGCGGACGAGUCCACCAGCCGCAAGUACGGCGGCACGGGGCUUGGCCUUGCCAUCUGCCACUCCCUCGUCACCCUCAUGGGGGGGAGCAUCCAUGUCGCUUCGGUUCAGAAUCCAGAUCCUAUUUUUGAGGCGCCUCAAAAAUACAAUCCAGAUCCUUCCAGCCAUUCUGCUGGCUGUAUGGCUGCCGGGUCAGCAGCUGGCAUAGCUGCCAGCAAAGCCACAUCUCCAGCUGCUCUUGCUCAUGAGUCCCAUGCUGUGCAGCAUGCUGCACAGGUUGACCAGGCAGACCAGGCUGACCAUUUUGACCUGGUUGACCUGAGUCACGGCACUACGUUCCGGUUCUCGCUGCCGUUCAAGCUGGCCCAGGCAACCUCCUGCCGAUCGCCCCGCUUGGAUGCCUUUGACCGGCUGGUUGACCCCAGUGCAGCAGCUGCUGCUGCUGCUGCAUGUUUAGAGGAGACGCCUCACAAUGCGACUUCGUCUGCUGCUGCGGCUGGUGGUGGUGGUGGUGGUGCUGCUGGGAGCCCGCUGUCCUGGUCGGUGCAGGAGAGCUUGCUGUUAGUGGGAGAGAGGCUGGAUGACGCGGAUGAGGUCAAGCGACAGCACCCGGACUUCGAGGGGACGGAGCUGAUACACGUUUGUGAGGAGGAGAAUGGAGAUGAAAACGUGAAUGAGCAGAACAAGGUUACCGAGGUGCAGAAAUGGAUGCAGGGCGAGCAGCAGCGACCCAAGCAGAAGCGGGUGGUUCACGGGCUGGUGCUUUCAUCUCUCUCCCAUGAGGGAGUGUCAGGAGGAGCACCUUCAUCGGUGAACACGACGAUGGUUCCAAGAUCGCCUUCUCCUCGCUGCCUGUCCGCGUCGUUUCCCGGAGUGCGGUGCCUAGUGGUUGAGGACAAUGCGGUGAACCGCAUGGUGGUGGUGCGGCUGCUGCGCAGCCUGCAUGUGAACAGUGACGUCGCUGAGAAUGGCGUGCUGGCAGUGCGGGCGUGCCAAGCCAAGGACUACGACAUUGUGCUCAUGGAUGUUCACAUGCCUGAGAUGGACGGUUUUGAAGCCACAUGCACGAUUCGAGCCCUCAGUGCACAGCAGAGGGGUAUCAGAUGCAACGAGGGCAUCACAGAUCAAAGAGGAACCGACCCCAAAGGUUGUUCAGAUACUACUAGGUCGCAGCAGGUGGCUGGCGGCCGGUGCCACGAGCACUACUUCAGAGAUGUGCUGCCUGAGAGCAGACCGGUUAUUGUUGCGCUCACCGCUGGUGCGUUGAAGCAUGAGCGCGACAAGUGUGAGAGUGUGGGAAUGGACGGGUUCUUGACCAAGCCAGUCCGGCUGCAAGACCUUGUCUCAGUAAUUGAGCCGCUGCACAGACACGUGGGUGCAUCACCUAGAUACUGUUACAUACCAAUGUAGAUCGCAGUGGCCACCUGUCCCUCUUCACUGAUGAAAUCAUCUUUUGCGUUGUACAGAUGACUAGCUUCUCAUGUUGA